AUGGCGAGUGAUCAUGAUGAGGGCUUAGUUAAAGUUUUCUACAGAUCUCUACAUCAGUAUCAGAGUGAAUGUGCGGAGCAUUGCUUGUUUGUUUGCUACGAAGGAAAACGCAUCAGCUACAGCAGCACAUCAUCACCGAUUUGUGAAGUGUUGGUUUACGGCAAUAUGCAACAACAUCAUCAUACAACAACAGCAACAACAACAGGAAGCAAAUACAGCAAUUUUACCCAUCAUACUAAUACUGCAAAAUUACCCAUAGAUGUGGUGAAGAAAUUAAUAGCAUCUGUAUCUCAAAGACCAAAUCUUUGGAUACGCACAAACAAUGGCCAAAAGAGAUCGGAUAUCAAUUUGCUGUGGCAACAAGUUAGCUCAGAAGUUCAUCUUCCAGCUGACAUUUGCCGCAUAAAAUGGGGACAUUUAAGAGAUAAUUUUCGCAAAGUUUUCAUACGCAACACAUUGUCCUCAGAACCCCCCACAACGUGGCGUUUUUAUAAUGACAUGCGAUUUAUGGAACCAGCCGUAGCAGAAAAUGUCAUGAGGCAUCAUCGUUUACGAGAGCAGUCAUUUUACUGGCAAGAGCUACACAAUGCCGGGCAACGUCAACAUCGGAUCAACACUUCCAAUUCACAACCUGAAUCACAAUACGACAACACUUUACACAAUCAAUUUAAUUUUUCGGAAUUUGCUGCCAUAUUUCAAAAUAAUGCUUCAUCCCCAGCAAAUAAACGUAUCAAAUUGGAGCCUUCCGAAUCUUCUGAAACGUCUAUGCCAGAUGAUGAUGGUGAUGACGAUGAUGAUGAUGACCAGUUUGAUGAAGAUGCGGUUUCGGCGGAGGAAAAUCUCCAGAGUCCUAACAAUGACAGUAAGGAAAUUAAUGAUAAGUCGGCUGUCGAUGAACCGAUUCUAAGCGACGGAAAUCCAGUCAACAAAAUAACAAUUGCGAACUUUAAAAUGCAUCAAGAAAUGGCUACGAAUACAGAAUCAUCGUCAUUGGAAACAGUUGAAGAAGAUUCCGAUCGCAUGUUUCUAUUAAGUUUAUUGCCAUACCUCAGAAAGGUUAAUGAGCAAAGAAAACUGCACGUUAGACAAAAAUUACAGGAUGUUUUGAUCAAGGAAUUUGGGUAA